AUGGAAUCGUCGUCGGCACUUUCGGACCUCGCAGAUGUCUUCGAGAAGCACAUUGGUGUGCUUGACAAAUUGGAGGGACCGGAUGAUCACUGGAAUUCCUUUUUGGUCGAAUUUCUCAGUAGCAAGCUCGAUUCCGCAUCACAAAAGGAAUGGGAAAAUCAAUUACCCGACAAUCAGCGACCAACUUACAAGGAUUUGGUUGCGUUCAUCCACAGGCGUUCCCGUGUUCUCCAAUCUUUGAUGCUCUCCCAAUCUUCGCACACCACCAGCAAACCAGAACCACGAUCCCCUCGAGUUCAUGUGUCAUCUCACUCGGCUCUCACUACUGAGAGCUCCAAAGCUUGCAUUGCGUGCCACAAAGGUUCUCACUUUCUCUCGUCGUGUGACGAGUUUCUGAAGCUUUCACCGAAAAAGCGUUUCAAUGUGGCCAAAAAGUACGGGUUGUGUUUGAAUUGCCUGCGGUCCUCGCAUUUGGUCAAGGACUGUCCAUCUGGGAGCUGUAGAACGUGCAACAAGCGCCAUCACACUUUGUUGCAUAUCAAUGCUUCCACCACGUUGGCUGUUCAGGUUGACAGUCAGUCCAAUCCACCCCCGCAACCCCAACAUGCUUCACAAUCGGCUCCGGUCGUCGAGUCGUCUUCGUCGGUUCGAGCGUGCACUGCCGAUCAGUCGCGCGUAGUCGCUCGGGAAAUGAGACCCGGUUCGUCGCCGUCGGGAGGCCAAACCAAGUCGUUCGCUUCUCCCCCGUCGGUUACAUCGUCAGGCUCCGCUCAUGGGUCUUCGCCGGUGAUGAGCUGCUCAGCAGUCACCCCCUCGUCCACAUUCGCUAAACGGAUGAACUCUACGAUCUUCAUGCUCACAGCCUACGUUAGGGUUCGUGACAUUGAUGGAAACUACUCGUUAGCUCGCGCUCUUUUGGAUUCAGCAUCCGAGCGAAACUUUGUGACCGAAAAUCUCGCUCAACGAUUGCGGCUCAAGCGAGAGAAAUCAGACGUCGAUGUGUACGGAAUUGGCAACAGCGUACAGCAUGUCUCUCAAUCGGUUUCGGUCAACCUGUCAUCUCGAGUAGGUUCUUUUAGCGCUAGCAUCGACUUCCUAGUGCUUCCCAGCUUGACCCGAAUCUUGCCCUCCACAAACGUGGACAUUUCGAACUGGAUAAUACCUCGAAACCUCCCAUUAGCAGGUCCCAAAUUUAACGUCCCCCACGGCAUUGAUAUGAUUAUUGGCAUACAAUGGUUCUUCACACUAUUGGAAGAUGAUAAAAUCUCUUUGGGUCCCCAGCUCCCUAUACUACGCAAAACAGUAUUUGGAUACGCUGUAGCUGGUGAUCAUGCGACCACCGAGCCAAUCAAAACGGUCGUGUGUAAUGCAGCACUCACGAUUGACAAGCUGACUGCCGCAGUGCAAAGAUUCUGGGAGGUAGAAAGUUUUGAGGAAGGGAAAGCAUUGUCGCUGGAGGAACAGUAUUGCGAAGACCAUUUUCGAAGCACCCACACAAGAGCCCCUGACGGUCGGUACGUUGUUCGGUUACCGAUUCGUGAUGAAAUGUUGUCGGAACUCGGAGAGUCGUUACCAGUCGCGCAUCGAAGGUUCCAAGCAAUGGAGAGAAAAUUUCUCACCAAUACAAGGCUGCAUAAUGACUACAGUCAGUUCAUGGAAGAGUAUGAGUCGCUCGGACACAUGGAAGUGGUCGAACCCGAUCUGUCCACUCCACACUUCUUCCUCCCGCACCAUGCGAUCAUUCGACCGGACAGCACGACGACCAAGACCCGAGUCGUUUUUGAUGGGUCGUGUCGGUCUGCAAACAAUCUCUCGCUCAACGAUAUUUGCUACGUAGGUCCAACUGUUCAACCACCCCUUCUCGCAACGAGUAUGAAUUUUCGCAUGACCAAGUACGUCAUCACCGCCGACGCCGAAAAAAUGUACAGGCAGACCUGGGUACACGACUCCGAUCGUGCUCUGCAGCAAAUUGUGUGGAGAAAGUAUCAGAGCCAAGAGCUGAGAGCCUACCAACCAACUCAACACUGUGACCUACGGUACAGCAUGUGCGCCGUUUCUCGCAACUCGCGUUUUGAACCAACUUGCUGA